AUGAAUAAGGAUUGUGAAAGAGAGAGGUUAUUGACCAUAAUGGUGACCAAAGAAUACACCCAGGAAGAGCCCGAACAAUUAGUUGAAUUAUACAUGGAUUUAAAAGUGUACUUGGGUGCCAAUGAUUCUUCUCUUUCCGAGGCAAAUCAAUUCUCACUAAUGGAGAUGCUAUUUUAUCUUUCAGUAUUUAUGAGUAAAGAUGUGAAGGCGCAAGUUUUAUUUAAUACAUUAAGGGAUAGGUUUGGAAAUAAUUCACCCAAAUUGCAAGUGAUGCAUGCCACUCUUUUACAAAUUAAUGAGAAUGAUACUGCUGCCAUUACAUAUUUAGAGAAUCUACUGAAGAAAGAAUUGGAGUAUUCGUCUGAUACUACCAGUUAUGUGAUGAUUAUGAAAAAGUUAAUAUCGAUAAAGAUGGUUCAUGACAAUAGUAAGAACAAAACGGUUACUUUGAAACAAUUGGUUGAAUUGACUGAGAAGUUCCCAUUAGAACCUGAAUUAUGGUGGAUGCUAGGUGAAAUUUAUAUGAAUUUAAAAGAUUUUGAUCGUGCGAUAUAUUGCUUUGAAGAGAUUCUCUGUAUUAUGCCAUUUAAUUACGUUGCAUUUGCACAAUUGGCAGAAUCGCUUUAUUAUAAGGCAAAGAGCAUGUCACACAGUUCCAAGGCCAAGGUGGAACUCCGUAAGGAAAUUGUUCAGAAAUCGAUGAACAAUGCAUUAAGAAGUAUAGAACUGAGUGGCCUUUAUUUGAAAGGUUGGUCGAUGGUUGCGAUAACAAGCCAAGAGCUUGGACCCAAGCAUGUGAAGAUAGCGUUACUGGCUAAGAGGAAGUUACAAGAGAUCAGCACUGUAUCUAAUGCUAAGGAUCAAAUAACCGCCAAGUAUCUGCUCGAGAAAGUAUAUGCCUAG